CUCAAUCCAAUCACCAAAAUGGCAGAAGAAGAACAGAUGCCAAUCAUCCCCGUUAAGGAACCACUGGACCUCAUCCGGCUUAGCUUGGAUGAAAAGAUCUACGUUAAGAUGCGCUACGAACGUGAAUUGCGUGGACGAUUGCAUGCGUUCGAUCAACAUCUCAACAUGGUACUGGGUGAUGCCGAAGAAACCGUAACGACGGUAGAAAUCGAUGAAGAAACGUACGAAGAGGUGUACAAAACGACCAAGCGUACCAUUCCGAUGUUGUUUGUCCGUGGUGACGGUGUCAUACUGGUUUCGCCUCCGAUGCGUGUUGGUAGCUAAACAUUUCCAC